AUGGAAAAUAUACAACAUAAAGUAACUAUUGUUUGGUAUUUAAAUUCAGCUCAAUAUGAACAUCAACUUAAAGCUUUAAAUGAUGGUAAACUUGCAAAUGUACAAUAUUUCAAGAAUGCUGAUGAAUGUGUUGAUUUUAUUACAUUUCCUUCAAAUACAAACGACAAAGUUUUACUUGCUAUGUGUGACUAUUCUAUAUCUGAAAUUGUGGUCAUAGGUGUGCAUAAAUUUUCUCAGUUAAUAAAUGUUAUCCGGCUCUGGGAUAAGCGUGAAGAAUAA